AUGAGGGAGGUUGUCAUGAAAGAGGUAAUCAAGCUAUUAGAUGCGGGGAUCAUCUACCCCAUCUCGGAUAGCAAAUGGCGUGUGGAUAAAACUCCUCAUGCCAUUUACUAUGCUAGCAAGACCCUCUCAGAUGCUCAAUUGAAUUAUACAACAACUGAGAAAGAGUUGCUAGCUGUUGUCUAUGCCUUGGACAAAUUUCGUUCAUAUCUUAUUGGAUCCAAGGACAAGAAAGGUACUGACAAUGUCGUAGCAGAUCAUCUCUCUCAGCUUCUCAUUGAGAACACUUCUAAUUUUUCUCCAGUUCAUGAUUCCUUUCUGGAAGAGCAACUGUUCCAGAUUUCUCAUGUGUCGCCUCCUUGGUUUGCUGACAUUGUCAACUAUCUUGCGGUUGGAAAAAUUCCAUCCCAAUGGUCUGAGCAAGAGAAAGAUCAGUUCUUUACUCAAAUCAAAAAUUUCUUUUGGGAAGACUCUGAACUGUUCAAGUAUUACUCGGAUCAAAUAAUCCGGAGAUGCAUUUCUGAAUAUGAUGUCUAA